AUGUUUUCUAAAUCUUAUUUCUCAACGCAAAGUAGAAGACGAGUUCUAACCCCUGAAGAGGAAGCGCUGAUCCCGCUACAAUUUAAUACACACUGCGGCUUUGUGAAACAAAGUUUAUCACAGAAAACUUUAGGAAACGUUCAUUCAGUUUCGUUUUCUCGAGGAAAUGGAGCGCCAUUAUCUGUAGACACCAGCAUACCGUUUCCAGACUUUCUCCGGAAGUUGUCAGAGUCCCUGCGCAGAACAAAAAAACAAAAUGGCGUGAAGUCGGAAGCGUUGGGCUCGUCUCCAUGUGUCGAGUUACAACAAACAGAACCGGACAGCUCCUGCCCGGAAGAACUAGUGAGAACAAAAUCUGAAGUCCUAAAUGGUCACGAUGUUUUUAAAGACUCACUUGAAAUAAGUAAUAGUGAAAGAAUCAAGAUAAAUGGUCUGGAGAAAGGAGAAUGCGAAAAGCCAGAUAACAAUGCUUUUAAACAUUCCGGAAUCUACUCGAUUCGAGACAUUCUUGGAAAGCACUCCACCAGUCAGAGAGGAUCCCAAGCGGACACUGGCUGUUACCAGUCCGACAUAAGCAGCUUACCAAUCGGUUUACCGCCUGCACCAGAAUGCACGUUUUACGGUCACAGUGCGACACGUUACAAACAAAUGUUUCAACAUCAAAACUAUCUAGGCCAGUGCUCUGUUGGACGUCACAUUUCUUAUCACGAUUACACAAGCGGAUUAAUUCGUUGCAGACAACGUGAAGAAAUGGAGUUCGAACCUCAGUUGGCUGGCGUGAGAUUUUCUCAGGACUAUGUACAUUGGCCUCAUUUAUUACCCGGACAAGCAAUCCUUCCUCCCUGGACACAGGACCGUAGACCGGCUGGAGCAGGCUGUGAUAUGUGA